AUUGACGAUGGAAGCUGCCGAGCCGGAGAACUCAACGCCGAGGAAUUCCUGUCCGACUUCUGUCCGUACUCCGCGGGUAUUGUGGACACCAUCGCCCAGGUAUUCAGCAGUUCUGUCGCGGAUGAGAGUAGUGCUCCGACUUCUGCAAUUCUAGCCAACCUGACCAAGCUCAGCGUGUACACAGGUCCCUCCGGUUGUUCUGCGGUUCACGUUGACAUGCCACGUGGUGUGCAUCAAUUUUGCAGCUUAAUUGUCGCACUGCCCGUACCUCACGUUGGUGGCGAAUUGGUAGUCAAGCGCGGCGAUCGCAGGGUCAAGUUCGAUUUCUCCGAAGGAGUCGCACAGAACGUGAUACAGUGGGCAGCCUUCUACAGCGACUGCGAACUUGAGUUUCUCACUGUGACCUCGGGACAUCACAUAACCUUGACUUACAAUCUAGUUUGGAAAUCGCUCAUUCCGACUAAGCUGGCCAACCUAUCCCCUUCGACCAUUGACGUACACGACAUGCCCUUACAUCAGAUCUUGAGCAAGUCUCUGAUUUCCCCAUCGUUCUUCCCUGAUGGAAGGAUCUUGGCCAUUGUGAUGUCCCACAAUUAUGCGCAUACGUCAAAGCGUUGCUUCCUACCACAGGGACUGAGAGGCAGCGAUAUGACCUUGUUCGAGAUUUGCAAAGCUUUGAACCUGGCGACAUACGUCCGACUCACAACCGAC